AUUAUAUUAUUAUAUAUAUAUAAUAUUAAAUUUAAAAUUUUGAUCUAGAUAUAAUAUAUACAAUACAUAGAUAUAGAUACGCAACGGUGGCCCCUUGGCAUUAGAUCACUAGGCUCUGACGCAAGGUAUACGGUACUGCUUUCCGCGGCGUUCAGCGGCAACUGUAACGCGCAUACGCGCUUGAGAAAUUGAGAAAAACAAUCGCAUCCAUCAAGCCGUCUAGUUGUUUAGUGAGUCAGCUCCGCGCUCCGCGUGCUUCGCAUUAUUAAAUAUUUUCCUAACCCAAACGUGUUCUGCAUUAUCGAAAUUGAUCUAAUUGUCUUAACGCCCAAUCGACCGAUUUUUGUUGAUCGCGGCGUCAGCAAUUUUUUCGCUUUUUUCUUUCGGGCAUAUCGUCGCGAUAUUCCUUUGGCUGUUUUGUCUUAGUUGGAAGAGGCAGCCAUAACGACAAAAUUCAAGAAAAAAGUGCACGUGUUGAUCUCCGAUUUUUCGAUCGAGACCAUUUAUCGGGACGUUGGUUACGAAUAAGCGCCGUUUAGUGAAGCAGCUCUGUGUCGCAAUUUGUGUAUUGCACUAUAAGCAGUCGGCUAAAUCGAGUUCUUUCGAGAACAUUCAUCGACCGUGAUCGUGAAGUAUUUUGGUGCAUUACAAUGUUUGCCUAUGUAAAGUUUGAAGAUGGCCAUAAAACAAUUGUGGAAACAUCGGAUAUAAAACAUUUUAAAAGAGACAAUAUAAAUCACUCAAAAAAAUACAAAGUCCGUUGGGAUGAUGCUUUUUAUGAUGCAUUGAUCAUCGAUGUAAAUGAUAGUAAACAAAAAUUGGAGGAAAAAAUUGCCAGCAAGAGACCAAAAAUACCUCUGUUUGAAAAAUGCCUAUCCGCUUCCGAAAGUGAACUGGAAUCGAGUUUUAAGGAAAAUAAACGCAAUACAAAAAUGAAUACAAAGGAAACAAAAAAAAAGAACAUAACAAAUGUGAAUACAAGCAACGCAAUUUUAAAGGCGAAUAAACAUAACGAGACUACUAAAGAAAUGAGUAAAGGGCUCGAAAAAAGUAUAAAAGGAAAUGAUGUACAUAGUGAAGCUUUAAAGAAACAGAUACGAGACUUAAAAUUGCAAAAUGAUUUACUUCGUUCCGGGGACCUCCCGUUGGAUAGUCGUAAGCAUAGCACGCGGUAGAAAGUGGCUCCGAGAAAUUAAGGUUUUUUAAGGUGAAUUGGAGGACGUGGUGCUGUGAAGAGUGGAUAGGAGUGAGUGAGGGGAGGAGAGGAGUGACAGGGACAGAAAGAUAAAGGGCAGAGGGCCCCGGUGAGAGAAAUAUAGAGAAAGAAAGAGUGAGACGGCGAGAGGCCCUACGGCCACGGCGCAUGGAGAGUAGCAAGAGGGGCGACGUGCAGAAGGAGCGCGAAGCCGUAGCGGCGGUGGUGCAAGCGGAGACGCGUGCGGCCGAAGUGGAAGGUGGGAGUGGCGGCGAGGGAGGAGGGGGUGUGAAGAGGACGGUGAGAGAGCAAGGAAAAGAAGAGAGAAAGGGAAGACCAACCAACGCCGAAAGACUGGUGAGAGAUAGAGCGCAAAGUUACGGCUCAAUUUUAGAUUACAUUAGUGUAAAGAGGAAAAGAAGAGAGAUCUCUCCGGAAAGUGAAGAACAAAAAGCUAAAAGUAAGAGAAGCGUAUUGGAAGGUGCGCGGCGGAUCGAUUUGGAGAGAGAGGUCUGUUCGGUGGAGGUAGAGAGAGAGGUUUGUUCGGUGGAGGUAGAGAGAGAGGUCUGUUCGGUAGAGGUGGAGAGAGAAGUGGAAGACACAAACGCAGAGAAGAUGGGGGAACAAUGGGAAAGUAAGAGCGAGAAGGAAAUCAUGUUAGAGUUGUUGAAAAGGUUUAACGAAGAAAAAGAUAAUACAAAAAGAGAGAUGGAAAAAAUGAAGGAAGAACUAUUAAAGGAAAUAAACUAUAUGAGGAAAGAGGAUAGGAGAUACCGGGAAGAAACGAAGAGGAGACUGGAUAAACUGGAGGAAAGGAUAGAAAAUAGCGAAAGAGCCACGAAUAAAGAGGAAGUAAAGAACAGACUAGAAAUAUUAGAAGCAAGGUCAAGAGGAGGAAUAUCGAAAGCCAGAACAGACCAGAGUGAAGCAGAAAAGGAGAUACAGGAAAUAAGGAAGAUCAUGGAAAGGAAAGAAAGAGAGGAAAGGAAGCUAAACGUGAUAAUUAAAGGUUUAGAGACAAGUAGUCAAGGUAAGAAUCUAGAAAGUGAAAUAGAAAAAUUCUUAAGAGACAACAUAGAGACGAACGUAGAAGUUGAAACAGCAAGAGCAAUAAAUGGAGGGAGAAUGAUUCAAGUCAAAUUCAGAAAAUGGGAAGAUAGAAAUAAGAUCAUGCAUAAUAA